CUGUCGCAGAAUCUAGUCCACCUUAACAAAAGUCGCACAUCAACAGCCUCACAUCACCAAACGUCGGCCACAGUCUCGAGACACGCUGCGGACCUUUACAACUCAUCUCCCUUAAAUCAACACACUAAGACGUCAAUAUGGGACACCCGGCGGGCUUGAGGGCGGGCACGCGCUAUGCAUUCUCCAGGGCACACCGGCAGAAGGGAAUGAUCCGGCUGAGUACCUAUCUACGCCAAUACCGGGUCGGAGACAUCGUUGAUAUCAAGGCCAACGGUGCUGUUCAGAAGGGUAUGCCUCACAAGGUCUACCACGGUAAGACCGGUGUCGUCUACAACGUUACCAAGUCGGCCGUCGGCGUCAUCAUCUACAAGAAGGUCAAGCACCGCUACAUCGAGAAGCGCAUCAACCUGAGGAUCGAGCACGUUGUCCACUCUCGCUCGCGUGAGGGCUUCCUUCGCCGCGUCAAAGAGAACGCCGAGGCCAAGAGGAAGGCCAAGGCCGAAGGCACCACCAUCCAGCUCAAGCGCCAGGCUCUCCAGCCCCGUGAGGAGAGGACCGUCUCCACCAAGGACAACAAGCCCAUCAGCCUUGCUCCCGUCGCCUACGAGACCACGAUUUAAACGGACGACUUUCUUCACUCACUGUUUUCUUCGAUCUGGUCGGUCAGGCGCGUUGGGACUUGCAAGCAACUUGGGAGGAGUGGACGUUCCGGUCGGCAUUGCUUUUUACUUUUUUUUGGACGCAACCCCGGAGUCCCAAAGAAAAACCUUGCAUGGUGUUUUUAAAAAAAACAUGGUUUUAUUUUCGGAUCGGAACGGUAUCUUCUCUCGCAUGGGACAAUGGGACAUGGGGUUGAAAAAAAAUCGCAAUAGGGAUAUAGCAAACUCCCCAAACGCAGAUUCAGACCAACAUUAGGGCCCCCUGCUGAGGGGCUGGAGUUCUGGCGUCAAGUCGAAUUGUGGAUGUGAUUUUUGUCCAUGCUGUUUGCAGGCGUUGUCUCCAUGCCGUGAUGAUGAAUGACUUGUCCAAAUUUGGCGAACCACACCACUACCUGGCAUGAAUAAAAUAUUCAUUAGGAAAACAUUAUCCCCCCUUAUCUUUAAUCUUGUCCAUGUCCCUCAGCC